AUGGCGACCGCAAGUCUUACGGGACUGCCACUUGAGCUGCUUGUGCAUCUCAUCGCUACAUACCUCCCUACCGAGGAUCUUGGCGCCCUUCGACUUACCAACAAAUAUCUUGAGAAGGUGUUGUUCGACACGUUCGCAAGAGAGUUCUUUACGAAGAGGCAAUUCAAGCUGAGCACGUCAAGCUUACAGACGCUCGUCGAUAUUUCCAGACAUGGUGCCCUCAACAAGACCCUCAAACAUGUUAUUAUCGGCAUGGAAUCCUUCCAAUCGUUCCAAGACGCCGACCCCGGGUUCUGGAACCUAAACGAUUCCCAACGUCGGGUAUUUCAUGUCGGUUUUGCAGACCAGUUCUCUCUGAUGAGCUCGGGACAUGAUCGAACGUUGCUCGAGGAGGCUUUCCGCAAUUUGCCCAAUCUGGACACAGUAGGUAUACGCGAUUACAGUGCUCAUGGACGUGUGCGUGACGAUGGCCGCUGGAGCAGCUACGGAGCGCCAACAAUAUCGCGCCAGCUUGGAUAUGAUCUCCGGAUAUACUCGAACGAAUUUGCAUCCUGCGUCUUCCAGCUUGUGAUGCAAGCACUUGCCGAUGCAGACCGAGCUAUCCCUUCAAUCGAAAGCAUCUUGCGCGGACAAUUAGCGGGGCUGACCGACUUAGCUUUCUAUCUUCGAUCACCGGAUCGCAAGAUAGAUGCUGUACUGGGUGGGCUAGAACAACUGCUUCUGACACUUCAUUUUACGAGUAGCCUGCGUGGGUCCUUGAAUCUGGAUCUCAUGCAUCUGGGAUCCUUCCUUCUUCGGACGCCUUCGCUCAAGCACCUUCGCUUGAACUUCCAGAAAAGCCAAACGAGUACGACUUGCACUAUUCUACAGCACUUGGCCACAACGCCGAAUCUUCUCCCGAGCCUGCAACGUCUCGACUUAGGCAUGAUGUCCACAUUACCAGACAUGCUGCUCCAAAUUAUGUCGAAGUUUUCUGUAACUCUCCAGCAUGUAAGUCUGUGGAAGACAGAAUUAGGAUGCGAUAGUUCUAUUCGCUGGAAAGUCUCCGAGGACCGCUAUAAUCCAUGGCCUCGCCUGCUCCGGGAUAUUUCGACGACUUCACAUCUCACUAGGCUGACCCUGGGAUGCCUUGGUCAACACUCGGAACAUGGCGACCCGAUACGCGUCAAGUUCAAAGACGGAAAGAUAUCGCACGAGUACUUCGGCGACGUGAAAGCCUAUAUACCGCAGGUUAUCGAUCAAUUAGUAGUCUCAUGGCCGCAACGCCCUGCAGGAGACUCUGAUUCUACCAGCGAUGGCGAGAGUGCAGAUGCAGAGGACGGGUUCACAGACGAGGAUGACGAUAUGGAUGGGGAUGGGAACGAAGAUUAUGCUGACUGA